UUGUCAAUUUAACGUUUUUUCCUUCAUUCUCGUACGAGCUUUCGCCUUCCGGUGUUCCAUUUGGAUCAGAUUUCAGCUCAAUGUUUUUGUAUUUGAGAUUGCGCUUAUGAUUUUCAUUCGGAGGCUGUGAACUCGGUUCAGUGCAAGCCAGAAUAGGGAUCUUCAAUCUUCAUCAAGCAAGCAUAUCAUUGAUUUUUUCUUCCUCUGUCUGUUUCUUAUCUUAAAGUUUAAAGAUGCAUAUAUAGUUUGCUUUGUUAGGAGGAGGAUGUUUGCUUUGUUAGAUUGAUUCCUUUGUUUUCUAUUUCACUUAAUUUCUUCUUUAUGUUAUCCAUAGAUAGAACUUGCAAGAGAUGCAUUGAUUUCCAAAGGCUACUGCGUAAUUGGAGGUUACAUGUCACCUGUGAAUGAUGCAUACAAGAAAAAGAUAUGUAAAGAACUUAAUAUCUGCUGAACAUCGAAUACGAUUAUGUCAUCUAGCCUGCAAAAGUUCAGAAUUUGUAAUGGUUGAUCCAUGGGAGGCAAAUCAAAGCUCAUAUCAGCGCACUUUAACUGUUCUCUCCACAGUCCACAGUUCUAUUUGUGAGACAGGGUUGGUAUCUAGAGAAUUCCUCAAGGUCAUGCUUGUUUGUGGUUCUGAUCUCCUCCAUUCUUUUGGCACUCCUGGAUUCUGGAUUCGUGACCAGGAAAAGACUAUAUGCAGAGAUUUUGGAUUUGGAGUAGUCUGCAUUCGCAGAGAAGGACAAGAUGUGGAGAAAACUAUAUGCGAUGAUGAAAUUUUGAAUGAGAAUCAGGCUAAUAUUGAAGUUGUAGAUGAACUUGUACCAAAUCAGAUCAGCUCAACGAGAGUAAGGCAUUGCAUUGCAAGAGGAUUAUCAAUAAAAUACCUUACUGCGGAUGAAGUGAUUGACUAUAUCAGAGAGCAUCAAUUAUACUUGAACUCAAUAACAUGA